AAAAUCAUUUGAAAUAGUCAAUAUUUAUUUAACUCCCCAUACGAGAAAAAGAUUCUAAGGCAAUUGAGUAGGCAUUUUGUAUAUUAGAGAUGUUUCCUUCUUUACUUUUUUAUUUAAAUCUUAGCUUUAUUGGAUUUUUCUGUAAAUUAGUUGCAGGUGCCGAUUUCACCCUCGAUUUGGACCAAAAGAGUUCAAAUGAUAAGUUACUAGUCAAUCAUACAACCCAUUACGGUAUAGCGACGAUAGAAUUCUAUACCCAGGUCGGCUUCCACGCAAAUAAAGUGGUCCAGAGCACCUUGCCGGUCUGGGAAGCGGUCAAUGACGAGCGUGUAGAUGAGGCCGUGCUUUACUUUGGACGUGAAGCGCUUUCACUCUUAUUUUUAAACGUGAGACAAGCCGGGACUUCUAUCUUCAAAUACUAUGUAAAAGUAAAGGGGAAAUGGGCUGAAGUACUUGAGCCCGUAGCAAACUUCUUUGUCGACGUUGACAGGUCAUCAUACACCGUAGAAGAGCUUGAUUCCUUCGCCUUGGAUAUCAUGUCAAAAUAUAACAGGGAAAUGCUAUCCCAGCACUUGCUAUACCCACAAUCCUACAAUUUCAUUAUCGAGCCUGUUGACUACUGUGCUCUCGAGAUUACAAACCCUGCCAGAUACUCAAUUAUGAAACAGACCAUGAUUGGUGCUGUGUUUUCACAUAUUUAUACCCCAAAGAUUGACUUUGGGUUCAGUAAAGUAUCUUAUGACGGGCAUGUUUUAUGGUCUACUGAUACGAAUCGUGUUUUAUGUUCCUCAGUUUGGACUUAUUUCAAGGGCGAAUUUGAUACCCUGAUCCUUGUAUCGUUAUAUGACUUUGUGUCCAAACAGGCUUCAUUCUUACACUUCAUGAAGACUGACUCUCUAAUUGUUUCAACCUCUGAACCUGAUUUCCAGAAACAAGUUGUUAAAAUGACCUCCGCAGAAUAUGACGCCAAGGAUAUCAAACGUUAUAUCAACGGUUACCUCACGGAACGCGAUUUGGCUUUCGUCAUAUCCACCACUCUUCCCAUCGUGGGCGUUCUCGCCACAGUACUAUUUACAUUCUAAUUACACUUGAUUUAUAUAACCACAGCAGAUGGAACCAUAACACUAAUGUAUUAUACACAGUA